ACCAAACAUGGCAGCAAACGGUGAAACCCAGCUUCCGUCCGGUCCGCCACCUACAAUCGAGACAACCUUCCUCAUCGUAGGAGCCGGACCGGCGGGUGCCUCCCUAGGAUGUUUCCUCGCUGCACGUGGAUUGACGGGAAUCAUCAUCUCAGCGGCCAAGGGCACCGCGAAAGAACCGCGAGCUCACAUUACCAACGCUGCGGCGUUGGAAUGUCUCCGAGACAUUGGUCUCGAAGGCCAAGCCAAAGCCAACGCAACUCCUGGAGAGAGCAUGCAGCACACGCGCUGGUGCCAUGACAUGGCUGGGGAAGAGUAUGCUCGCAUUCAUUCUUGGGGCAACCAACCGGAGCGGAGGGGAGAGUAUCACGCUGCCAGUCCGUGUCGACACGUGGAUUUGCCGCAGACGGAGCUCGAGCCCAUCUUGGUGAAGCACGCUUUGGAUAAUGGCUUCACUGUGAGGUUCGAUUCGUCGUUCGUGGAGUACCAGAGGGAUUCGCCGGGUGGACCGAUCACUUCUACUAUCAAGGACGACUUGACGGGACAGACUUACACUAUUCGAUCAAAGUACCUCAUCGGCUGUGACGGUGCACGGAGCCAGAUCAUGCGACAGCUGGAUAUUCCUUUGUUGAAGAAGCCUGGUCAGGGACUCGCGAUCAAUGUUCUAGCCAAGGUCGAUCUGUCCAAGUACAUCAGGCACAGAAUGGGCAACUUGCACUACAUCUUUACACCCGAUCUGGUACAUCCACCAUGGGGCUGGAUGUGCGUGCUUCGAAUGGUGAAAGCCUGGAACGAAUGGAUGUUCAUUCUUCUACCAGAACCGGGCUUUGAGGACCUUCGGGUCCGGCCGAGUCAUGACGAGUAUAUGAAGCGUUUGAGGGAGAUAGACGUCUCGAAAUGGUACAUCAACGAGAUUGUCGCAGAGCGGUACAGUGAUGGUAACAUCUUCUGUCUUGGUGAUGCCGUUCACCGUCAUCCUCCGUUCAACGGACUGGGCAGCAACACAUGUGUUCAAGACGCCUAUAACCUGGCUUGGAAGCUGGCGUAUGUGGAAAAAGAACUAGCAGACCCCAAGUUACUAGAUACAUUCAGCGUUGAGCGGCAACCUAUUGGAGCUGGCGUCGUACAGCGCGCCAAUCAAGGUCUGCGCGACCAUCACGCAGUCUGGGAGGCGUUGGGAGUCCUUCCGAAGGAUGUUGAGGAGCGUAAAGUUCAGCAUGCCGAGCUCUCGGCUCCAACACCUGCCGGUCGAGAACGGCGGAAGCGACUGCAGGGGGCCAUCGCGCACACAGCUCACGAGUUCGGCGCGCUCGGAAUCGAGAUGAACCAGUGGUACGAGUCCUCAGCCAUUUACACCGCGGACGAGACGCAGCCGCGAGAAGAGAAGCCCGCGGACCCCGUUAUGCAGUACCAGAUUACGACGUACCCAGGAGCGAGACUCCCACAUGCGUGGUUGAACAAGCGUGAGCCUGAGGAGUCCAUCAGUACGAUUGACUUGGCUGGACGUGGAGCGUUCUGCUUGUUGACCGGUGCCGGCGGCAAGGCGUGGAAGGAGGCGGCUUUGAAAGCGGGCAAGGAGCUGAGUGUUCCAUUGAAUGCUUAUAGUAUCGGAUGGGCGCAGGACUGGGAGGAUGUGUAUGGAGAUUGGGACCGACGGAGAGUGGUUGAGGAUGAUGGAUGUGUCUUGGUGAGACCGGAUCGUACGGUUUGCUGGAGAAGUAUGUCGAUGUAUGAGGAUUGCGCUGGUGCGGUUGUGAAAGUGUUGAAGGCUGUGUUAGGGAGGACAUGA